AAGUGGAAGGAAAAUAAAAAAUAAAUAUCUGGAUCUGCAGUUUGCAACUGUAUGCUUUGCAUUUUAUUCAGCGAACGCGUAAUUAACUUAUCUCCACCUCUCCAAUCAGUCGGAGUGAGUGACUCCUGAGUCUAUUCGCAGCUGCUCGACUAUCCCUCCACUCCGGAUUUGGCAAAGAAAGGAACAGCUGCUGUAACGUUUUAACAAUUUUGGAGAACGCGACCCGGGACAUGCUGUCAGACGGAGGGGAAUCGGUACACCACCCGCGCCAGUAGAAUCAUGGCCGAGGACUACUGGGAGAGCGCACUGGCUUUGGGAUAUUAUUGUUAAGAUUACAAGGGCAUACGGGAUCCCGCGUCCUCGGGCAGGCUGAUUGAACAGUGGCUGCCCCUCCUCCCUCUGCAUCACGCCCCCCCCUGCCGCCGCUGAUGGACCGCAUGAGGAAGAUCAAACGGCAGCUGUCCCUGACGCUGAGGGGGGGCAACAGCAGCGACAAGUCCUUGAGCGAGACCAUCAGCUCCCAGGACAACGCACACAGCGACUCCGAGAUCGUCCACGAAGACGUGAAGAUAGGCUCUGACGGCGAGAGCGACCAGGUCUCGGCCACCUCAUCGGAUGAGGUGCACAGUCCAGUGCGAGUCCGGCUCCGGGAGAAACCGGGCCGCAAAAUCUCCAACGAGGACGUAAAUAAGCGGCUGUCGUUGCCGGCAGACAUCCGGCUUCCUGAUGGCUACCUGGAGAAGUUCAGCCUGAACAGCCCGCUGUUUGACAAGCCGCUGAGCCGGCGGCUACGACGAGUGUCUCUGUCUGAAAUUGGCUUCGGGAAGCUGGAGACCUACGUCAAGCUGGAUAAACUUGGGGAGGGCACGUACGCUACUGUGUAUAAGGGCCGCAGCAAGCUGACGGACAACCUGGUGGCUCUGAAGGAAAUCCGCCUGGAGCACGAAGAGGGGGCACCCUGCACUGCCAUCCGAGAGGUGUCUCUUCUGAAGGACCUCAAACACGCCAACAUAGUGACUCUGCAUGACAUCAUCCACACUCAGAAGUCCCUGACGCUGGUGUUUGAGUACCUGGACAAGGACCUGAAGCAGUAUCUGGAUGACUGUGGUAACUGCAUCCACAUGCACAAUGUGAAGCUCUUCCUCUUCCAGCUCCUGCGUGGGCUGAACUACUGCCACAGGCGCAAAGUCCUCCACCGAGACCUCAAACCCCAGAACCUGCUCAUCAACGAGCGCGGGGAGCUGAAGCUGGCUGACUUUGGCCUGGCGCGUGCCAAGUCCAUUCCCACCAAGACCUACUCCAAUGAGGUGGUGACGCUGUGGUACCGUCCGCCAGACAUCCUGUUGGGGAGCACUGACUACUCAACCCAGAUAGACAUGUGGGGUGUGGGCUGUAUUUUCUACGAGAUGUCCACGGGCCGGCCGCUGUUCCCAGGCUCCACGGUGGAGGAGGAGCUGCACUUUAUCUUCAAACUGCUAGGUACGCCCACGGAGGAGACCUGGCCUGGAAUCACCUCCAACGAAGAGUUCAUCUCGUAUAAUUACCCCCGUUACCGCGCUGACUGUCUUCACAACCACACGCCCAGACUGUGCAAUGAAGGAGUGGAUCUUUUAUCCAAGCUGCUGCAGUUUGAGGGGAGGAAGCGCAUCUCUGCUGAGGAGGCCAUGAGGCAUCCGUACUUCCACAGCCUGGGAGACAGAGUGAUCACACUGCCUGACUCUACAUCUAUAUUUGCACUUCAAGACAUUCAGCUGGAGAAGGAGCCAGGAAUGCGAACCAACUCCCUGUCAGACUCAGUGAACAGCAUAUCUCGGCGGCAGAGUCUGCUCUUCUGAGCGUGGGGAGGUGGCCAGAGAUGGGACGUCGGUGUGGAAAGGAGGAGCUGAGACAUUUCCGCGUGUGAUGAAGGGAUUCUAAUUUAACUUUGUACCUUUUUUUUUGUUUUGUUUUGUUUUUGUUGUUUUUCGGAUUUUCUGACUGUAAUUAUCUGGUCCUGUGGCAUUUUAGUGUGGACGGGGUCACUAGAUGUUUACAUUUGAAAUGCUGACAUUUGAUUUUUCUUUUUCUUUAAUAUAAUAUGCACUUCUUUUCCUAACCGAGGUUUACCACUCCAGUUAUGCUGUCAUUGCUGUCCAUUUGUCUGGACAUUGUUGGACAAGGAAGGACUUUUACGACUCCUUCAAGCGUUACAGUUCAUCAUAAAUUCUGUUGCUCACGAAUCCUACGAGCCCAGAUAUGAACACUACAAUUUAGAGGGGAAAAAGGUUGUUUAGAUUAACCACAAAGAACAAAUCACACAAAGUAUUUAGCAAUAUCUCUGACAAUAGAGUAUAUAUUUUUCCCUAUGAUCAUUAACUAUUCUAAUGAAGGAACAAACAUUUAGUGUAUCGUAUGGGCGGUGAAAUCUGAGAGCAGGUGCUGUUGAAUGUCAUUUUUAUGAAGAUGAAGCUGGGGGACACCUCAUAUCAGUCUUCCACUGUCCUUUUGCUGGUUUGACACUCAUUGACCCCCCCUACCCCCCCUGGGCCAGAGUGCACCUGCAUCUUGCACAGCACCACCUGGAUGAUAUUUUGUAAUAGAAUUGUUUCUGUUCUGUCAUCUAGUUGCCGAGUUUACAAUUUUACAUCACCUUUUUUUGUAAAGCUCAACAGAACUUCUGUUGGUCUGUCUCACACAGUACAUACGUUUCGUCUACAUUGUCUUCUGGAUUAUUGGAUAUUACUCACUCUGGCAUAGCUGUUUGUUUUCUUUCUUUUUAGUUCGUUGUUUUGGAGGCGUUUUAAACGCAGUGCAUGGUCUAUCUAUAGACACACACACACACCCCCGGCAAAGACUUGCUGUGAAGUUCGCUGUCUUUGCUGUGCUGACUCCUCCAGUACUUGCAGGCGUCUAUCUGUUGAGCUUGCGCCAUGCACUUCAUAGCGCCCACAGCAAUAGCCUGAGUCAGCGGCCAGGUUCUUUAGCGGUACAGGGAGUCAGCUGAGGACUGUUUAGCCGGGAACAGUAGAGGGGUCGGGGCCUGUUCUCAGUAUUCCCACCCUGUCUGUGAUCACUUUAGGUGGUGUUGAGGGGGAUGCUCUGUCUCAGGACGCACCAACCCACCUGUACUGUGCCCGGAGUCGGCAGGAUAGGUUCGUGUCCAACUGAUCUCCAUUGGUGUAAUAGCAGAUCAACCGUUUAAAAGAAACCAAAGUCAAAAAGCUUCAAUACUGUUGUUGUCCCCGAGCUGCCCUUGAUAUCAGUGCGCAACACUGUUGUCCAAGACCCCCUUGAUUACUACUUGAUAGAGAUAGAUACUGUUCUUAUUUGUAACUUCCUUAUGUUUUUAGACAGUUUUAUAUACUGGUGGUCAUUUUCAGUGACUGACGAUUCUAGCAAUUCUAUGGAGUCCCUUGAACCUGUGUUUAGUUUGGUGCGAGUUGUGACCCCAUCUGAUGACGUGAUUUGUCUGUGUGCGUGUGCGUGUGCGUGUGCGUGUGCGUGUGUGUGUCAAUGAGGGAAAUGCGAAAGUGCAUGGCGGUGUCAUUGGUGGCAGACUGUGGUACGUUGUAAAUAGCCUUAGAAUGUUUUUUUUGCAGAACAGAACAGAGUACUGUGCAAUGAGAGGAACCUCUUAUCCUUAUUUUUCAACAAACACACAUAAUCGAUAUCAUUUUUGUUAUAGUCAUAUCAUUGAUGAUGUUGUGUUCUUAUUUUUUAAAACAGGAAAAAACAAUUGUUACUUCUUUAGGAAUCCUUAACAGGUGUAGAUAUUUGGAAUUUUUUGGUAGUCUUUCUUCCUCCCAUGGUGAAAGUGGCUGUACUAGUAAUGUAAGCUUUCAUCAGGAGUUCUGCAUUGGAAUGCAUUGUCAUGGAAGGGCUCAUGAAGUGGCCAAUGGCAGUUGUGGGGAUAGCCUCCUCUCCCGUCCUGUUCUGUAUUGCAAUAACUGUUCAACGACGCAAUAACCAGUCCUUUGUACCAGAACCUUCCCAAGAUUUGCCGUGAACCUAAGGCUUUCAUACACUAAAAUAACAACAGGUCCCAGACAAAUGGACCCUAUACACAGACCGAAUGAAUGCAGCCAGCAGCACAAAAAAAAAACUGAAAUCCUUCAGUCUUUUUUAAUAUACACAUUGAGCAGUCCAUUUUGCAUUUGAUUUGGAAAUGUUUUGAUGUGUUUUUUUUGUAACUGACAAGAGAUGUUAUACUGAGCCAGUACAAGGUAAAUUCUUGAAGCCUUCAAUUUGGAUAAAAUGGGGUCGUUUCUCUUGUGCAGUGAGAUAAAGGGGCAGUCUUUUUUUGUAUGAAGCAUAGUCAGUAUUAUUUGAGGUUCAUCUUGUUCAUGUAAAAGGAAUCUGAAAGUGACUGAUGUGGGCUUGAAAUGACGUCUUUGUUCAGUUGCCUCUCGCUUUCAAGCUGCUUUUACGUAGCUCUGUAAUAUCCCAAUGGCAUUGAGUGAGUGUGUGUGUUUGAGUGUGUGUGUGAGUGAGAGAGAGAGAGAGGGAGAGAGAGACUACGCAAGAAGGGAGAUGUGCAUGGAUAUAUUGUGUAAAUUUGCAAACUCUGUACAUAUGUAUAGUUUCAGAAAUGGUACUCACACACAUAGCAAAGCAAUAUCUGAUGUACAAGCACAUUUCACUUUGGGCAGUUCUUCAGAGGCCGACGCUUUUCUCUGUCGGCCAUCCAGGCUUCUCUUCCUGCCAUUCAUGUGAAGGACUUUUACACUCAACACUUCUGAAGCCAGAUUUUCUCUUUCUGUCAGACGAAAGGCAUUUUCUCAGAAUGAAUCUGUGAGGUUAUCUUUGGUACCUACAAACACUGACAAAAAAAAGGUUCAUUUUGGAGAGAUUUCUGAAUAACUUCAAGAGCUGAUCCAAUGUUGUUUUUUAUGGCAAUAGAUCAUCAUAUCCACCAAAGCAAGUUUUAUUUCUUCUAAGCGAGAGCACUGAUUUAAGCAAAAAGAACUGUGUUUAGUGUGAGGGAUAAUUGUUGUGUGAUGGCUGUUAAGAAAAGGCUACAAUAAUCAUGACUUGACUGACUGUUGUACAAACUGAUGUGGCUGCACUGAAUAACACAGAACUUGCCAUCACAAUAUCACCACCCAGAAAUAAUAAUAAUAAAAAAUACAUUCAGAGGCAUAUGUACACCUACACAGCUGGAAAUACUAUGUUUGUAUGGUUGGCAUGAAUCAGGAUAAAUGUGAAAACCAAUUUCAGGCAAUACAAUCGUUGGCCAAAACUCAUGUUUGUGUGGUCCUUUACUCACAGUUUAGACUGUUCCUAAACUAAGACCUAUUCUGGAAUGGAGGCAUACAACUGCACCAUUGAAAUUGUUUCAUAAUGACACUGCAUUUAGUUGUGCCACUUUGAAGCAUCCAAGUAUGAUAUUUGAGUGUUUUAGAUAUGAUUACAUGAUAUAUGCAUUGUGAGGCUUUUAGAAUUUGUAAUUUCUUGAAGUGGAACUGAUGACAGUGAGCCCUCUCUAAUGAGGUAUAGACUCGCUUAUGGCAAACUCAAUUAAACAGCAUAAUAUGCUAUCCUUCAAGACAUACAUAGCAUUUCUGUCUGAUUGAUAUACAGUAUAGAAUGAAAUGAUUUUUCUUCUCCCUAUUUCUAGAAAACUGAUAGACAAAAUGAUACUUUAGAAACACUCCCAGACACUUAGUCUUUAAGCUUUUAACAUUCAAAAAGGAAAGUGCCUUUGAAAAUUGACAUUUUUGGAAUUUGUAGCCUUGCUUUCAAAGAUUAGUAGACCUAACAGCAAAGAAAUUGUAAUUUGUGCAAAAGAAUGCAGUUUUAAAUGAAGAAAACAUCACUGACAUGUUCUAAAAUGAACACAUGGUGCAGUGUGUUUGCUGUGCUUCUCUAGAGUCUAUCCCUCACAAACCCAGACUUCUUUCACUGGAAAUCCAGAUAAUAUUCAACAUGCAAGAGUCUUUCAUAUGAUGGGCUAUUUUCAACAAGUCGACUGUUUGAAGUACAUGCGAGACAGACAUAUUAUGCUCACAUUUUGGUCAAUAUCACAGCAGCCAUACUCUUUACAUCACACACUAUUGCGAUUGCUCCUCUGUGUACUGUGAGCAGCUUUUGUUUGUGGACUGCCAUUGGCUUUUAUUGAGUCAACACCAAAGUUAUCUGCAACCUUGCAUGGUAUAAUUCUUCCAGAUAUGUGCUAAAGCUUAUACCUUGCUAUGUGAUCCUUAGUUAGUUUCUUCCAAGUCACUGCAGAAUAUAACUAACUGUUAUGGAAUCACAUACUUUGGAUCCAAGUAAGAGACAUCUUGAAUAUGUAAUUGUUGUAAAUUCCUGUUUAUUCAGUGUAUUCAAGACAUAUAUAGUUCAAUAAAGAUGUGUACAUUUCUCAAGAAACAUUUAUGUUUGUUGUAUCAGUCAAACUCAGUCAAAUAUAGCUUUUGUUCGACCAAUAGGCUACUACACUGCCUGUGCUUCUAGGCCUAUGUAUGGAGUAUUGUUAGAUGCACUUCUAAAUAUCCUAUACUGUCUGAUAUGAAGUAGACCAGCUAUGCACCCUUACCAAUCAGUUUAAAACUUCCAAAUGUUGUGAUAGAUGAGAUGCUCCUCAAGUAUUCCUGAGGUGGGAGGAACAGCACCUUUGCCUGAAACUGACAGAAAACGUCUAUUUCAUUAUUUUCAUUAUUCAUUAACUGAGUACAGUUGUGUCAUGUGUACAGUUGAGACACCUUAAAUAUCUUGCCUGCAAACCAAGCCUGAUCUAUGAUUUUUU